CUUUCUAAUCCGUGCAGUGUAACGUUGAAAAUAAUAGUGUUAAUCCGCUGCCAAUGUUAUCUUGCACAUUCUCCGCCUCGUUGAGGUUUCAGUAUUUUUUCCCUUUUUUGUGUUUCUGCUAAUUUACCGUUUCCGGCCAAUGAGCAGUGAAGCCGUGUUUUUCUAGUAAGACGUCCGGAUACCGUUAUAUCUAGACCAACACGUGGAAAGGGCGUAAGUGCAAUUGAGAGCCUCUCUGUGUUUACUUUCUCUUUCGAUUAUUAUGGCUUUAUCAUAAAACUUCCCAACAUUUUUUCAGUAUAUAUCGAAAGAUUCUGAUUUUGUCUAGCGUACAAUGCUAAGAGUUAAACAGCAAAGGUUAAAGCGGCCGAGUAAUUGGUGGAAGAGAAAGUAUACAAAGAGGGACUCUCAUUCGCACUUACGCCCUUUUCACAUGUUGGUCUAGAUAUACACAAGUUAAGUAACGGUAUAAUACUACACUUCCGAUUCUCAUCUAUAAUAACGGCUUGCACCGGACAAUAGCCCCGUGCAAAAAUGACUUCCCCUGAUAGUGGUUCAUCUCAAGGUGAGAUAGAUGUCGGCUCCUCGGCUCAAGGUUUAUCCAAGCUCGGCCACUGGGCAUUACGUGAUCUUCUUCCGGACCAAAGACAACAAGUGUUUGAAUCUAUUGCAGAUGUCUCGUGUUCUGAGGAAACUGUAUUCGGCCGUGACAGAAAUAUUGAAAAUUCGUCCUGACGACGCUAGAAAGUUGGCAGACGUUUUGGAGCAAUGGGGAGUUAGGACAGUGGCUACAUUCUAUCAUCCUGAAGGUAUCAACGAAACCUUGGUGCAGAGGAAUGGAUGUGGAUCGGGAUUUCAUUCGUCUGAUGUCUCGGCACGCUGGACGCUGAUCUCGGACGUAUUGGGCUCACGAAUAGCGGUAUCUGCGCUUCUGGCAACGGUUACCACGAUAUCGAACAUAUUGGCUGAGCAGGCGCCGAGUACUGUCCUGCCAGAUCUCAACUAUUCGAUUCCCUUCGGGCCCGAGGAAGAUCACCCAAUAUCACGGUUCGAGAUGUACUGAAAUGCUCUUUUCUGCCUACUGUGCCCUAACGAUGGUUUGAUGUGACUCCAAGACGACACAAAGCAUCUCUGUCGAAUGACCCAAUAAACAUGAGACCUAUAGCACAACAUGACACGCGCAACGCGGUGUGUUGCCGAUCCGUAUCUGAGCCGUACUACGAAGUCGUCUGGAGCAACCCCUGCCGGCUCGAAAAAGACCGCCGAGGUUUUAUUAUAAAGGUAUAAGUUCUUUGCAGCCUUUGAAUUAAGCAGUUCGAAAAAUUCAGUAGGGGAGACCGAGGCUAGUACCACCUUAACCUUCCGACAGUCGCGCUAGUGUACUGAGUACACGCUGCUCUGAAAAUCUAGCGAAAUCGUCUUAGGACCAUAACGGCUGCUCGUUCAGUGGGCCAUAAGCGCGACUUCCGGAACGUUAAAUAACACAAAAUGUUUAAAAUUAAGAAAAUUUACAUACUCUGCUCGAAAACACUGUAUCGCCCACAACUUCUCCAAAUAAAACGUUUUGUAAUAAAAAACGAUAAAGUGUUCAGAUUAGUUGAGGUGCACAACGAGGCUAUAUCUAUAAUAGAAACGGCGAAAAGAGGAUUCCGCCAAAUUAUCCUGACUGCCAGGUUGUCUCGGGAUCCCCUAUUUCGAACCAUUUGAACACGAUUUUUUUACAUAUUACUUAGUGAGGUACAUCCACAACUAUGAAUCUCCAGUUCCAAGGUCCAUACAAGCAUAAUUCAGCUUAUUCUCCUCUCUGUUUGUUAUUCCUAAUACUGAUUGAAAAGGGCAUGAAAUUUAUAGUACGGUUAUGAAAAACUCAAUUCAUGUUCU